UUGAACUUUUCAAGGGGGAUGGAUGUAAAAGUUCUUGUUUGUAAGAGAUAACUAGAUUUCCUCUUGGGGUUUUGAUAAACGGAGAAUGGCGCCUUCGGUUCCAGCGCUGCGGCGCUUGCUCUCUUGCUUCGCCGGCGGCGGCAAUGGAGCCCCCUCGGCUCUCGAGCCAGCUACUAAGAAGAAGAACCUCGUCUUCAUGGGCUCUCCUCAGGAGGUAUCCGCAUCCGUUCUCGGUGCUUUGCUUGACGCAUCCACAGCCACAAAUUCUUCUUUUCAGGUUGCAGCUAUUGUCACGCAGCCUCCUUCCACUAGGGAUAGAGGCAGGAAGCUAAUGCCGUCUGCUGUUGCACAGUAUGCCUUGGAUUGGGGAUUCCCUAGGGAUCUCAUAUUAACUCCAGAUCGAACUGGAGAUGAGAAUUUUCUGGGUAAUUUCAGGGCACUAAAUCCAGAACUUUGUGUUACAGCUGCGUAUGGGAAUAUUUUACCGAACAAGUUUCUUGAGAUUCCUCCAUAUGGCACUGUGAACAUACACCCAAGUUUGUUGCCUCUGUAUCGUGGUGCUGCUCCAGUUCAAAGGGCAUUGCAGGAUGGUGUUAAAGAGACAGGUGUGUCACUUGCCUUCACUGUCCGUGCACUGGAUGCUGGUCCUAUAAUUGCUUGUGAAAGAGUGGAAGUUGAUGAUUGCAUUAAGGCACCGGAACUGCUAACUUUUUUGUUUGAUCUAGGAUCAAAAAUCCUGAUUCACGAGCUACCAUCCAUUUUUGAUGGAUCAGCAAAACUGAAAGCAAAAGCACAAGAUGAUUCCAAAGCUACCUUAGCACCGAAGCUAACAUCUGAUGAGUCAUGGCUAUCCUUUGAUCAAGAAGCUAAAAUUCUACACAACAAGGUUCGAGCAUUUGCAGGUUGGCCAGGAACUCGAGCUCGAAUUCAAGUUAUUGAUAGCAAUGGUAAUCCAAAUACUCUUGAAAUCAAGAUAAUCACAACAAGAGUUUCUAGUGCUUAUGAAAGACAAGGUGAAGCAGAUGAGAUAACUUUUGUUGGCAGUGCCAUGGUGAUUCCAUGUGCCGAACAAUCUGCUCUUGAGGUACUCGAACUUCAGCUCCCGGGAAAAAAGGUAAUGACUGCGCGUGACUUGCGGAAUGGCUUACAAGGCCAGAAGUUGAGAAGGUUGAUAUGAGAGGAAACUUUAGUCAAUAACUCGGAUCAAUAGCUGAAGGUUUCUUUGUGACAAACUUAUCAUCAGAAAUGAUAUCUGUUUAAUGGACCUCUCAGAGACUAUUACUAAGUCAGGAUGCUUGCAAUUUCAGCAAUGAUUCAUUCUAAUUCUUGAUACAUGAUAAUGUUGUUUACAAUUACUUUUUAUAUUUGAAUUUUGUUUGGUUUCUUGAUCAUGGAUUUUGAAUUAAUUAAAUGGAAAAGAAGCCAUUAAUUGUGGUCGGCAAAGCCUA